GAGUGUGUGCGGACGUGCUAAGGGAGUGUUCCCGAUUCUCGGAGUGUGCAUGGGCCAUCAGGCCCUGGCAGCCCUGAACGGAGGCCAGGUGGUGCCCGCACCAGAGCCUGUGCAUGGAAGGCUCAGUGGCGUGGAGCACACGGGUCAUCCUCUCUUCGCCAACAUUCCGUCUGGCCCUCUUUUCCAGGUGGUGCGCUAUCACUCCCUUGCUGUCGAUGCGAUUUCACUUCCCACCGACUUAGAACCCAUCGCCUGGACCACCAAUGACCCUCUCUCCACCCACAUCGCCUCACCUGGGGCACCAGCAGCCACACCAAGUUCUGUUGGGGGCGCACAGGCAGCGAAUGGGGCAAUGAUUGCAGGAGCAGAGGUGGUUGUGAACGGGGCUUGUAGGGGUACGGAGCCAGGAGGUGAUGUGGGGACAGGAGCGCCAAGUGGGAACGCUGUGGUUGUGAACGGGAUGGUGGCACCACGUCAGUGUUAUCAACAGGAGCAGCAGCAGGAGCAGCAGCAGGAGCAGCAGUCGAAUAGAGUGAUUAUGGGUCUGGCACACAAGAGACGGCCACACGUGGGGGUGCAGUUUCAUCCCGAGAGCAUCGGCACGUCAUUUGGGCGGCAACUGCUGAAAAACUUUAAGGCUCUUGCACUGUGUGUGCCGGCCAGAGACGGCUCUAUGGUGUGCGGCAGAGACAUGGAUCUGGGCGGCAGAGACAUGGAUCUGGGUGGCAGAGACAUGGAUCUGGGCGGCAGUGACAUGGAUCUGGGCGGCAGAGACAUGGAUCUGGGCGGCAGAGACAUGGAUCUGGGCGGCAGAGACAUGGAUCUGGGCGGCAGAGACUUGGAUCUGGGCGGCAGAGACUUGGAUCUGGGCGGCAGAGAUUCGGGCGGUAAUAAUGUUGAGGCCACGAGGAUGCGACACAAGAGAGGGAAUGGUUGCGCAUCCACACACCAGGGCUUGGCGCGCUUCUCCUACAUGGGUGGCCGGGGGGGUCCCCUCUGGUCCAAACUCACGUACCAACUGGCUGCCGAACCUCCUUUGGUAGCCGAACCUCCGCUGGCAGCCGAACCUCGUUUGACAGCAGCACCUCAGUUGCCAGCCGAACGUCCUUUGCCGAGCCACACAGAGAAUGGGAGCGGCAAAGGCAGUGCAAGCAACGGCACUAGUAACACUGAACCUGACAGCAGCAACAGCAACAGGGGGCACAGCCCUGCCAGUGGAAAUAGUAGCAGCAGUAGGAGUAGCAGCAGUAGCAACAGAAGUGUUAACCCUGACAUUAGCAGCAACGAUAGCAGUAGAAGCAGCUGUCGCAGCGGCGCGAAUACUAACGACAAUCGUAACAAUGGCAGCAACGGUAGCAGCAGCAGCAGCAACAACAACGGUAGCAGCAGCAGCAGCAGCAACAGCAACAGCAGCAACGGUAGCUGCAGCAGCAGCAACAGCAGCAGCAACAGCAGCAAUCGUAGCAGCAGCAGCAGAAGCCAGCCUACAUUAAACGGGGGUGUCACAUUCGAUAGAGUCACGGGCGGCACUCUCCAAUUGGAGAGCAGUGAGGGCGAUGUGACUAUAGUGAAGGAAGGCACAUGGGAGGGCGGCAUAUUCAGCUUUCUCGACGAGCACCUGCAGCAGCACCAGUGCGCACCACACGAGGCGGCUGUUCUGCCUUUCGACUUCUGUGGCGGCUGGGUCGGCUAUUUUGGGUACGAGCUGAAGAGGGAGUGCGGUGCAGACCACAACCGCCACAGGUCGCCCUUCCCGGACGCGGCUCUUUUCUGUGUGGACCGAUGGGUGGUGCUUGAUCAUGGGCGAGGGGACGUGUAUGUGUGUGCUGUGGAGGAGGGUAGAAGGGGGGAAGAGGGUGGGGAAAAAGAGGAGGAGAGGGGGAAAGAUGUGCUUAGAAGUGGGGAAAGAGAGGAGAUAGGUGAGGGGAGAGGAGAGGGUAGGAACGAGAGCAGGAGUUGCAGCGGCGGUGGUACAAGUGCCGGUGCGUAUGCCGCUCAUGUGCUUCGGUGCGGUGCAGAUAGGGGAGAAUGGGGAGGGGCUGGAGGAGGGGAGGGUGAGAGAGGAGGUGGGGAGACAGCAGGGGGCAGCAGCAGGGAUGAAGCAGAGGGGGGGAGUGGAAAGGAAACGGAUGGGUGCAGAUGGGUGGCAGAGGCGAGUGAGAAGCUGAUGGCUUUGGUGGAGAGAGGGGUUUCUGAGGCGAGUGGGGCAGAGGUAGAGGCUGCCACAGAGGCAGUGCAUUUGAGAGAAGCUGUAGAAGGGGGCUUUGCAGUACAGUCAGCUGGAGGGAAUUCGGCAAGAGCAGAUGCCGAGGGCCUCACAGUUCUGUCAGAGCCCCUGGUGCUGGAGAGGUGUAGAGAGCGGUACAAGGCUGAUGUAGCGCGGUGCCUGGGGGAGAUUGCCAAGGGAGAGAGCUAUGAGCUGUGCCUCACCACCCGCCUUGAGAGUGAAUCUCAGCCGUCACAUCCGCUCGGGGCGUAUUUACGGCUGAGGGAGAGGAACCCUGCUCCGUUUGCUGCUUGGAUGUGCAUGGGUGAGAUAAGUCCAUACUCCAUGAGUGAGGUGGGGGAGCCAAAAUUGAGUGACGGAACAGUGCAGUGGGGGAAAGAGGAGGACGAGGGGGAGGGAGUGGGGAAAGAGCCAAAGUUUGUGGGGGAAGAAGAGGAGAACCAGCAGCAGCGGCACGACCACCAACACCACCGCCGCCGCCGCCACCACCAAAACCACUCUGUGCUCCGCUCCCCUUUUGCCCUCUGCUGCUCCUCUCCUGAGCGGUUCCUGCGGGGCGACAGGCACGGCAUGCUGUGGGCGAAGCCCAUCAAGGGCACUGUGAGGCGGGGGGCGACGGAGGAGGAGGAUGAGUGGCUGAAGAGAGAGCUGAUGUGCAGGUGUGGGGCGACAGCGGAGGAUGAGCGGCUGAAGGAGAGCUCUUUCUCAGGUGAGUGUUUAAGAGGUAGAGGAGGGAGGAAUCGAGUGCAUGUACGUAGAAUAGCCAUGCUGUGGGCGAAGCCCAUCAAGAACACCAUGGGGCAUGGGGCGACGGAGGAGGAGGAGGAGGAGGAGGAGGAGGAGGAGGAGGAGGAGGAGGAGGAGGAGGAGGAGGAGGAGGAGGAGGAGGAGGAGGAGGAGGAGGAGGAGGAGGAGGAGAAGGAGAAGGAGGAGGAGGAGGAGGAGGAGGAGGAGGAGGAGGAGGAGGAGGAGGAGGAGCAGCGGCUCAAGGGAGAGCAACUGAGUAACACCUGGAGAUCAUUUCCAAUGAAGGGGCUUGAAAUUUCAGCGCAACGCCGCCCGGACCUCUCCCCACUGGCCUGCAUCCGGGCGGCGUUUCCGGGCGGCUCGAUGACCGGGGCACCAAAGAUAAGAUCUAUGGAGAUUCUGGAUGAGAUUGAAGGGUCGGCGAGGGGACCUUAUUCGGGAGCCUUGGGGUUCGUUUCAUUUUCGGGCACCUUUGAUUUGAAUAUUGUGAUUCGAACGGCUGUGAUGGGUGGAGAGCUGGGGGUGGUGUUGGAGAGGGAGGCACGGGCAGGGGAGGAUGGGGAGGCAGAGGAGGGAGGAGUGAAGGCCUGGGAAGGGGACGGAGGAGGAGCGAGUGGAGAAGAGGAAUGGAUAGAGGGUAAGGGGGAGAAUGGGGCAAGAAGGGCUGCUGUGGAUUGGAAGAGGGCCAGACGAAAGGGCAGGACGAUGAUUGGAGCAGGAGGGGCGGUGGUGAUGUUAUCGCAACCAGAGAGUGAGUUUGAAGAGAUGGUGCUUAAAGCUAGGUCUCUGGUGAGAGUGCUGCGACCAGAUGGAGCUGAUGAUCUGAACGGGGUGUGA